AUGGCGUCUAGCUCCACCGAAACGACUCCCUUGGUCUCGUCCAUGUCGAGCUCAAGCCGAGCGAUACCCCCGAAGCCACAGCGCACCGUCACCUUCAACCCAACCGUCACAUCUACCAGUCCUAAACCACCAGCGUCGCGAUCGAUAUCGCACAGUGCCUCAUCUUCCGGCCAUGCUGCCACCACCCAGGGCGGGCAGCCAAUGCUGUCGACGCUGAAUAGUAAGCUGCGGAGAAGGAACAGCUCUGGUGCUCCUGCCAGGAUACCUCCCGCGCCGGUGCCCAAGAUUGGACCGCAGCGAACGACGAGAACUGCGCAGAAGCUCAAGCUGCUUCCUGACCCGGCCGCGGAUGAAGCCGAAGACGAAGAGAGUGGACGCGAUGUCUAUGUACAAUACACCAGGAUCAAGGACCCCACUGCGCGAAGAGAUGCUGCCCGUCUCGGCAAGGCAGACAGAGAGCGGUUGCCCAGGGUGACGGCAUACUGUACCGCGGCCUCGUACAAGCUCGAUGAAAUGAUGCGAUUCUUGAAAGGAAAGCAGAAGAUCAGAGGAGCGGCGCCCAAGCGCUUCGACGAAUGCAUAUACUCGCCCUACAACUACGGAUCGACGAAAGGCCCAGAAGACGUCAGUAGCACUGCCGUACUCGACGGCUUCACGGAAGAGAGACCGAGACGGUUCUCAGACAGUGCCAUUGAGGUGGAACACGAGAACGAGAGGAGAAGACAGGAUCUCAUCGACUUGCACGACGAUGGUGACGCGCCGGAUAUCGCCAACGAACAAGCCAUCGGCCCCAGACGGCCGUCGAUCACCCACGCCGACUCUGACCCCCAAAUGGACGCGCCCGACUUCGAUACACGCGUCCAUACGCCUGAGGUAUUCCUGUUCGAGUACGGCACUGUUGUAAUCUGGGGCAUGACACUGCAAGAGGAGAAGAAGUUCCUGAAGGAGAUCGCCAAGUUUGAAGUGGACAAGCUCGGCAAAGAUGAGAUUGAGACGGAAGAGUUCAACUUCUACUACACGCGCGAGUACCAAGCCCGGAUAUACAACGACUUCAUCAGUCUGCGCGACAAGAAGAACUACAUGAUCAAGCUGGCGAUUAGUCACGGUCUUUCCCAGAGUGUCAAGACGUCGCUGUUCGAGGACCUGGUCGACAACACUAUCGACGAGACGAAGGACAUUCCGGCUGAAAUCGCCAGCUCUGGCAAGAUCAACCUGAACAAGAAGCAGAUCAACAUGCAGAUUGGAGAAUUGUUCAUUCUCCGGAUUAGUAUCCAUCUGCAAGGAUCGGUUCUUGAUGCGCCCGAGCUCAUGUGGGCAGAGCCGCAGCUAGACCCGGUAUAUCAAGCUGUGAGAAGCUAUCUGGAGAUGGACCAGAGAGUCAGUCUCUUAACUGAGCGACUAAAUGUUAUCGGAGACUUGCUUGCUGUCUUGAAGGAUCAGCUAACCGUCACUCACGGCGAAUUGCUUGAAUGGAUCGUUAUCAUUCUCAUUUUUGCUGAAGUUUUGGUGGCUGCCAUCAACAUCUUUGUCGACCUGCACGCUGCGGACUAG